AUGACCUUUUACCGUUCCACCUCGCUCGAAACCGGUGUUCAGAUGGCCUAUGCGGAAGCUGGAGACUCUUCCAAGCCCACCUUGCUCCUUCUUCACGGUUUCCCUUCAUCGUCACACCAAUAUCGCAACUUAAUUCCGUUACUGUCCGAUCGGUUCCACAUUAUCGCUCCCGACCUUCCAACUUUUGGCCUUACAGUCGUUCCCGAAAACUUCCAAGCAACGUUUGCUGCACUGACGGAUGCAGUCACCGGAUUACUAGACGCCCUUCAGAUCAGCAGUUUCAUCCCCUACGUUUUUGACUAUGGUGCUCCGGUCGCUUACCGGUUGGCGUUACAACGACCUAAAUCAUUUGCGGGCCUGAUUGUGCAGAACGGUAACGCCUAUGAAGAGGGUUUGUCACAGUGGUGGGAUCCGUUGAGAAAAUUUUGGAAAACAGAGAAAGGAACGGAGGACUGGCACAAGAUCAGAGAGCAGCUUCGAGACGCAGUCGACCUUGAACAAGCCAAAAGUCAAUAUACUUCGGGGUUGUCAUCCGACUUGAUAUCUCAGAUCGAUCCAAACGCUUAUCACCUGGACUUCCUACUCAAUAUGUCGUCUGAAGAUAAAGUCAACAACCAGUUGGACCUCUUUUAUGACUACCAGCACAACGUCGCACUUUACCCUGAAUUCCAGAAGUUUUUCCGAGAAUCCCAAUUGAAGACGUUGAUAUUGUGGGGCAAAAAUGACAUAUACUUUCCACCUACCGGGGCUGUCGCUUAUGAAGCAGACUUGAAGGAUACAAAGCUCAGAAUUUUCGAUGACGGCUCACAUUUUCUGCUAGAAACGCAUGUCGUGCAGGUUGCAGAGGCUAUAAAAGAUUUUUUGCCCGAAACGGGUCGUUAA